AUGUUAGGACUAGGUCCUGACGGCUACGAGGGCCCUGAUGGGUUUCUAAGGGAUAAUGACGCUGAUAGGGCUGAGAGAGCUGGAUUUGAGCCUGAUUCGCAUUUCAGUUUGCCUUUGAGGCGUCAUCCUGGAUUCGAUGAGAAGUUCUUUGGCCCCAGAAAUACCAAUCUUCGUCAUAUUGCUGUGAAGACAAAUACUCAUUUGUCAAUGCCAGUUGAACCAGAUGACCCUAACAUACAAAUAUGGGGAUCGGAAGAUGAUGUCAUUCUAGCUAAAAGGGAUCUCAUGGCCUUGAUGGACCACAUUCACACCGAUAUCCAAGAGAAUACGGUCCGUUAUGGCGGCACCUGGGCGAAGGUCAAUGCAGUUCCCAGUGCUCGGAAACUAGCUCACCUUGAAAGACUUGCUCAGGAGUCAGCCAUACGUAAGAAAUUUCGUAAGCCACCUGCCGAGGGCGAAAAGUUCGAGGCAGUUGGCGUAUUUCUCUGGCCGGCCCAGGAAAUUAACCCACAAUUCUGCCUCGGCAUGAACUUUGAAGCUCUUGAUAACAUCAGGUUUCAUUGCGAGGUUUAUAUCAUUUUCUCUCGCGCCAAGAAUAUGUUCCGUAUUCUUGGACAUAAUCCAGGCAAAGUCAACGAGGCUUUGAACAGGGUCUUUGGUGCCUUUUGUGAGAUAACAUCAAAAAAUCGAAGGCCAAAUAAGAGAUUUUUAGUCCAUCCACCAUCAACUCAGCUCCCUGGUACUGGUGUCCGUAUCGUAAAGAAGCAUAAUUUGGAAGGUCGUCAAGUUACCAUCAAGCAUGCUCCAAAGGGCGUUGGCAUUCAAGUUUUCCUUACUGGAGCCGCUCCUACGCAAGGAUAUUUGAGAGAGUGGAAACUCAAAAGACGGAGGAUAAAGGGAGCAAAUUACAGGUACCUACAGGAAGUAAUCCAAGAAGGCCUAAAGGAUAUCUACUACUUCAGAGGAUAUUCAACAAUGAAGAUUCACUUCGGAACAUUAUUGCUCUUUGGGUAUAAAAAGCCAAAAGGUGGACUCUUCGAGUUGAUGGAUUUUUGCGAUAUGAUUGGUAAUUCUCAAACAUCCGGUGAGAUUGUUAGAUACAUCGGAGAGGAAUAUGUUGCCAAAGCGAUCAUAGAAGAAUGUGAUACUCGUACAGACCUCUUCGGUCCGGCAGAUAAUAAAAUACUCAGUCUUGUAGACAUUUAUGAGGAAGGCCCAAACCCCAAUAUCCCCAGGCAGCCACCGCUUUCUGUCAAAGUCGAACCCGCAUAUUUUGCGACAUUUGAAAUCAAGAUGUACGACGAUUCAGGUCAAACCAACGAUAUUCGCCUCGAGGUUAAGUUUGAACUCAUUUUAGGGGACCACCCCAGUGAUAUGACCAACGAGGUUGGAGAGGUUUGGAAAAUUGGAGCGAGAAGAUGGCUUCAUGUACGCAAGAACCUUACUGGUGGUGAACGAUCUAGAAGCACAUUUUCGCACCACAGGGGACCUGUUGACGUCAAAGUUUUCGAUCUGGAAAGAGAUAUAUCCUGGCAAAUAGAACUCAUUACAUACGACUACUAUAAAGACACCGAUAUUUACCCCAUCUUUUCUGAGUUUGUGCGAAAGGUCAGGCUUGAGGAAAUUCCUGACGAAUCUGAUCCAAUCGGCCCUCCAUUACCGAGUAGGCCGGACCUCAGAAAAACCGUCAAGAGAAUUAAAUACGUUAAUUUACCUGGAAUGAGUGUCGAAACAGUGAUAAUGAAGACUAAAUACCGUUACUAUAUCAAGGGAACCCCAUAUCUCUUCGAAACCACCAAAUACGAGCAUUUUGAUACGCAGCACGUUAAUCAACUUUAUCCCGAUGGUAUUGCGAUCUCUUGGAAGGGUGUCAAGACCAACCAUGACACUCGCUGGGGUUGCUGCCUUGUCAACACAGAAGUUAACGAAGCCUUCUCGAAGCAAAAAGGAUUAGAUAUCGGUUGUGUUGCUGACUGGGACCCUGAUGUUUUCAGUGUCUUUCAAAGUUCUGGUAUUGGUGGGUUUGAACAUCCAGCUUGGACCAGGGAUAGCAAUGUUCAGAGAGCUGGGAAAGAUGAUCCUUGGCAGGGUGAUGGAUUCAAGGAAAUGAUUUGCAGGAUCGAAGAAUGCGCAAGAUUAAUCGCUAGGAUUAGAGAUGAUAUUCUAGCAAAGGAAUUGGGGGUCGAGGAUGAAAAUGUCGUUGUAGAUGAGAACGAAAAGGUCUCUGACGAGAACGAAAAGGUCUCUGUGGAUGAGGAUGAAAUGCUAGACUGCCUCGACUUGGCGUACUAA